CGCACACGGAGCAAGAAGUCUCUCGGACUUGACGGUCUAGGAAUUCAGGACUUGGGACAAAUUUGCCAGCCCUUGACCCUGGCUGUGUGAGCAGAGCUUCAAUGCUGAAGAUGGAGCCUCUGAACAGCACACAUGCCAGCACCGCCGCCCCCAGCGGCCCCCUCGAGUCCCAUGUGCCGGGCAGUGGCAGCGGUAACGGCAACGAAUACUUCUACGUCCUGGUGGUCAUGUCCUUCUACGGCAUUUUCUUGGUUGGAAUCAUGCUGGGCUACGUGAAAUCCAAGAGGCGGGAGAAGAAAUCCAGCCUCCUGCUGCUGUACAAAGACGAAGAGAGGCUCUGGGGGGAGGCCAUGAAGCCGCUGCCCGCCACGUCCGGCCUGAGGUCGGUGCAGGUACCCAUGGUGCUGAACGUGCUGCAGGAGAGCGUGGCGCCCGCCCUGUCCUGCACCCUCUGCUCCAUGGAAGGAGACAGCGUGAGCUCCGAGUCCUCCUCGCCCGACGUGCACCUCACCAUCCAGGAGGAGGUGGCGGACGACGAGCUGGAGGAGACUUCGGAGACGCCCCUCAACGAAAGCAGCGAAGGCUCCUCGGAUAACAUCCACCAGAAUUCCUAGCACCUCUAGGACCUCUGGAGGUGGCUCCAUCAGCCAGCACCCUUAGAGCGAGGAAGGGCGCUUUUCGUGUCUGGUUUCACCUUUGCAAGGCAACUGCCGCUUUCGGGAGACCCUCGGCAAGCCCCUGAAUGGGGGGGAGGGGAUGGGGGACAAGGCUCAGGCGGAGCCAGCAGCAGCCCGCGGUCCACGACGCGCCUGUGGUGUGGACGUGCCACUGAAAAAGCCCUGAAGAUGUGCAGUGUGUACCUUUCCUUGGGAUCUGGGGGUCGGGGUUCCUGUGCAGAAUUCGGCAGGUCGGUGUGCUUGGGUCGUUUCCUCAUGGGAUGCCCUGGGUAACACCUGCAACAUCUGCCCACUCCCAGGGCGGCCAAAUGCCUAGGGCAACCUGAGGGACUAGUUUCGAUUUGACAAUUUGCCUAGAGCUUUGUUCUUCUACAUCUGAUUGGCUGUAAGUACCUCUAAUGUGAACCUGUGGCUUUAGUUCCCCCUCGGGUUACAGAGCUUCUUUUAGAGGUCUUUUGGGUUAGAGGGGGGAUAUUUGAUGGAGGACUUUUGAUGGGAGGAAGCUGGAGAUCUGAAUCUGGUCCAUUUGCAUUCUGUAAGGAAAAAAUAGGCAAUUUUUAAACCUGUUAACGUUGGCUGGGAUUAUAAAACUAACCUGCUAUUUUGACCCUUUGUCUAACCUGUGACUUUGAACUCUGAUCUGGGACCAUCCAGCAUCACAGGCUGACAUGACAUUGUUUUUUGCUUGGAAGGGCUUCCCCAGAAUCUAACCUGCACUCUGAAUGGCCAUGCAGGGAAGCUUCCCGAUCUUUCCAGAAGGGGUGAUGGUGAGGUUGAACAAACCCAAACCAUUAGCUCCGCUGCUGCUUUUUUUUUCCCAGCCCAGUUUUCUGAGCUGGGAGAGGAUAUAAUGUGGGCCUCCACAACACGGCAUUUCGUCACGUAGCUGAGACUUAGAAGGGCAUAUACUCCGGUGAGAUUGUGCAGAGCUGCGGUCCAAGUUCUCUCUUUCUUAAUCCCAAGCCCUGAAUCUGAUUUGCUGUGUGGUCUUGGGCAUGUCAUCGAGAGGCUUACUGCCUUCCCGAGACUCCUGAUGAUCUAGAUCCCCAGAGGGCUGGAAGGAUGUCUUUAGAUUUUAAGACUCUGUGAUAAAUCCUACAUGGCCUGGUGUGAGGAAGUUUGGACAAAAUAUUUCCCCCUUGGCCAGUAAGUCUGAAAAAGGAUCUGCUUACUUAAAGGGGCAGUUGGAGACUGAGAACACAUGUAGCUGGGAAAUCCAGGGUGAAUCACUAAACCAAUCCCUGCUUUCACUUUCCCAGCAGUGAAUCAAAGAGGCAGAUACCACAUUUUACUCUGCAGGGCUGUCUGGGUAGCGGACUAUUAACGCUCCAGUUAAGGGAAUGAGACAUCUAAGAGAAAAUGCUCAGGAAUGCUUGGUAACGUUUCCCUGUAUUCCUGUGGUCAGUUGCUUUGCAGCAGACUCUUUAGGCCCUUGAAGACAAGGCAGAGGAGAAACACACCAAAAGGUCAAAUUUUAUUCUAGUAAAAACAAAAACUUUUUUUUUUUUUUUUUUUUUUUUUAAUACGCUCUCCCUGGAUUGGAGACAGCCAUAACUACUGUUCCCAUGGAAGGGUUAACAGUGUAGGAGCUGGUUUAUCAGUUCGCCUUAACACAGUGCUGGAGGAAAUUUACGUUUGGGGGAAAAAGGGCCCUCCGUUCACUUUAAAAGUCAGAGUGUGGAUUUACUCCAAAGGGGGCUGUUUAAGGUGAAAGAAGCCAAGUUAAGUUUGGCCCCUUGCCUGGAAUCACUUGAAUUCUGAAACUUUACUGCAAUGGACAUGUGCGUUGUCACAUUUUCCAUUGCUUAAUCCUGAAGUUUGGUGCAAGUCUAUCUGUGCCUAUUAAAAAGUGAUGUAUAUACUUCCUUCUUAUUCUAUUCAGUUGUACAAAAUUGUCUUCUGUAUUUAACAGUUUGUAGUUUUCACAGUAUUUUUUAAUUUAAAUAAACACGUUUUCCCUA